AUGGCGGAAAAAGACGAGAUAGAAAACGAACUGCUCAAGGAGGACGAUUUAUCAACUAGCGAAGAUGAUCCGACCAUAAAAAACGUCCUUCGAUCGAUAGAUGCUCAUAUGGCUACUUUCGUGAACAAUAUGUCAAAUAUGAGUCAAGAAAUCCGCAAAAUAAAACAAACUCCAACCGCUACUGCCAAACGAGAUUCUCGGGCGGUGGAGUCAGCAGAGUCUUUGACUCUAAGCAGAAAGAAAAGGAGGUCGAAUGAUCAAGAAGGGAGUGAUGUUGAUGCCCUGAUCGACGACCAUCCUUCAGAGCAAGAGACCGAAUCAGCUGAAACUAAAGAUGGCGACGAGGAAGAUGCAUUCCUCACAACGUUAGCUAUGGAGUAUUCGGCUGACGAUAAAACAAGUAGUCCGGUCUCGACUCAGCUGGCUGAUAUCGUCAAUAAGAGAUGGUCGUCAAAAUUAUCGGACGACAAAUUCAAAGAGAAAAGCGGGAAGGGGGCAACAAGUUCAACAAGAAGUGACUGCCAUCGACAAGGAUAUAAUUUAUACACAUCUAUCUAA